GCUGGAAAACGCCACAUCUGACAGGGAGGGAGAAACAGCUACAACAACAGAGGAGUUUGGACAGCGACCUCAAGAUGCUGGCACUAAUAAACCGGCUUUUGGACUGGUUCAAGUCUCUGUUUUGGAAGGAGGAGAUGGAGCUGACGCUGGUCGGCCUCCAGUACUCGGGAAAAACAACAUUUGUAAAUGUGAUCGCUUCUGGCCAUUUCAGCGAAGACAUGAUCCCUACAGUCGGAUUCAAUAUGAGGAAGGUCACCAAAGGAAAUGUCACCAUCAAGAUCUGGGAUAUAGGAGGGCAGCCACGGUUCAGGAGCAUGUGGGAACGCUACUGUCGGGGAGUCAAUGCAAUCGUGUACAUGGUUGACGCAGCAGAUCGAGAAAAGGUGGAGGCAUCUAGAAACGAGCUUCACAAUUUAUUAGACAAACCUCAGUUGCAAGGAAUUCCUGUUUUGGUACUCGGUAACAAAAGGGAUCUCCCCACUGCUCUAGAUGAAAAGCAGCUCAUUGAGAAAAUGAAUCUGGCGGCUAUUCAGGACAGAGAGAUAUGCUGCUACUCGAUUUCCUGCAAAGAAAAAGACAACAUUGAUAUCACGCUUCAGUGGCUCAUCCAGCACUCAAAAUCCAGGAGGAGCUGAAAAUGCAGGAGUUGUUCUCCAGCUGUGUUUGCAAUGUUACAUUCAUGCCACCCCCCAUCACUCUGCGAUGAUGUACAGUCUCAAACUCACAUGCUGCACUGUUAUGCUCAAGUCACGCAACCCACCCCUCCCCCCCGGUUAUUCUUUCACAAACCCUGAGAAUGCAUGACUAAAAUGUGAUUCUGAUAAUAAGUUUAAGGAAUGCAGUUGGCAUUAUACAUCCUGUAAAGCUGUUUCCUUUAACUCGGAAUAAGAACCUAUUUUCUAAAUUACCUUUUCUCCAUUCAGGCAUUGCUCAGUUGAUUAUACCCAGUUGUUUUAUAACACUAAUCUUGGGUAUACAGCGGCACAGUUCUUGAAGGACGGUUUAUUCUGUCAAACAGGCCUCACAUAAUGAAAAGAUGUUCCUCGCACAGUCAGAUAUAGUGCCAGGAGAUGGCUGAUGUGGACAUGCAGGUUUUCCCAUUUCUGUCGAGCUCUACUCUGAUUGUCUUGGAUGAUAGUCUCCUUUCACUUGAUCGGGUUCUCUUCUUUCAAGGACAUGCCUAUUGUUUUAGAAAAUUGUGCGUUUAAGCAAGUCAAUCCAAGCAGGUCUGUACAAAUAUCAAACUUGUAUGAUUUUUACUGAUGUGAGAUGUGCGUGUAUGAAUAUAUGAUUCUAUUUAAAGUCUGAAUGUACUUAAAGUAAAGCUGUACGGGAUCGUGUGGUUCAUAUUGGCCUCCAUUUGGAAGCAGCCUCGGUGGAAUGAUGUCCUUUGUGCUGCCUCGAGGCUGAGAGAGUGGCAGAAUUCAAAGUGCCUUGUGCAAUGUCUCUCACCUCUGAAGCAAAGCAGCAUGCACGAUGUGUGUCUACCUGGGUGGAGUUAUAAAAAAAAAACACCACUUCAAUAUAUUCAAGAAAUAAAAAGGCAUGCUUUUU